UACUAAGUCGGUGGACCUAUUGCACAGGAAGUUCACUGCAACUUCCUCCCCUUUCCAUGGAUGUGCUGAUGGUGCUCAGAAUCUAGAGUUUGAUCAGGCAAUCAGAACGACAGAAGCACGUAGAAGAGCAUCGAGGAAGAUCACUACCUUGUUGGUGUGGACGAAGGAGCAAUGGCAGAGGUGGUCGCUUCCAGUCUCCUGAGGUUGGUGUUUGACAAGCUGGGCAACAAAAUCCUCAAGGAGUUUGGGCUGUCGAUGGGUGUCGACAAGGAAUUGAAAAAGCUGGAGAGUACCCUAUCGACAAUCCAUGAUGUGCUAGAGGAUGCCGAGGCAAGGCAGGUGAAGGAGAAAGCUCUCAGAGGAUGGCUGAGAAAGCUCAAAGAUGUGGCUUACGACGUCGACGAUGUGUUGGAUGAGGCUGCGGCCAAAGCUGCGAAACGAAGACCAGAGAACAAAGGCCCCAUGACUGAAAAGGUGCGUCAAUUGUCUUCAAUCCCAAACUCAUUUCUGUUUCAGUCUAAGAUAGCUCGCAAGAUAAAGAAGAUUAGGGAGAGAUUAGAAGAAAUAGCAGGGGAGAGGACCAAGUUUCAUCUACAAGAGCGAGUUGCUGAAAACAUUAGGACCGAGACUGCAGUCAGAGAAGAGACUGGUUCUUUGAUUGAUGAAUCACAAGUUUAUGGCAGAGAGGAAGAUAAAGAAAAGAUAACAGAUUUCUUGAUUGACAUGUCUGAUGGAAGUGAUCUUGGCGUGAUAGCUAUUGUUGGGUUGGGAGGGCUCGGUAAGACGACCGUUGCCCAAUUAGUCUAUAAUGAUCAGAGGGUGCGCGAGCAUUUUGAACAAAUGAUAUGGGUUUGUGUGUCCGAUGAUUUUGAUAUUAAAAGGCUUACCAGAUCCAUCAUAGAAACUGUAAGCGGGAGCGAAUUUAGUCUCACAGAAAUGGAUUUGAUGCAGCAUAAGCUCAGAAAGUUGAUUGAGGACAAGAGAUUUUUACUCGUGUUGGAUGAUGUUUGGAGUGAGAAUUAUGAAAAAUGGGACAGGGUGAGAACUCUGUUGAUUGGUAGUGCUAGGGGAAGUAAAGUUAUAGUGACUACACGUAGUGAACGAGUUGCUUCUAUCAUGGGAACAGUCGCGCCGCACUUUUUAUCAGGUCUAUCAGAGGGUGAUUGCUGUCUAUUAUUUGAAAAGAGGGCAUUUGGAUUGGGGGGCUCUGAGAAGACCCCAAAUUUGGUGGCCAUUGGGAAGGAGAUUGUGAAAAAAUGUGGAGGUGUUCCAUUAGCAGCAAAGGCUUUAGGAAGUUUGAUGCGGUUUAGGAGAGGAGAGAGUCAGUGGUUGGCCAUCAAGGAGAGUGAAAUUUGGAACUUACCAAAUGAUGAAAAUGAAAUCUUACCUGCUUUGAUGCUGAGCUACAAUCACCUGCCAUCACAUCUGAAACAAUGCUUUGCAUAUUGUUCAAUAUUUCCUAGAGGUGAGGAAAUAAGAAGCAGGGAAUUGGUCCAGUUAUGGAUAGCAGAAGGCUUUGUGCAAUCAUCUAAUGGAAGUACAUACUUGGAAGAUGUGGGUUUGCAGUGUGUUGAUGAGUUGCUAUCGAGAUCGCUCUUCCAGAGUGGUCAGAAAGAUACAGAUGGUGUGGUAAGGCAGGUUAAGAUGCACGACCUCCUUCACGAUCUUGCUCGAUCCGUUGCAGGUGAUGAAUGUUCCGUUGCAGAUGCUGGUAAUAAGUCAGUAAUUUCCCAAAGUUGUCGGUAUUCAUCACUCGUAUGUAGAGGCCCGAUAAAUUCCGCAUGGGAACCUCUCAAAGAUGCAGAAAGGCUGCGCACUUUGUAUUUUGUUGCAUCCAGAGGCAUGACGAAGGAAGAGGAUAAGGAAGAUGAUGUUCUUCAAGCUAUAUUCUCCAAAAUGAAGUUGCUACGAGCAUUACAUCUAAGCCAGUGUCCCAUGAAAGCCAUGCCAGUUUCAGUAACUAAGCUUGAACAUCUAAGAUACCUGAACCUCUCACAAACUGACAUCGAAACACUACCACCAUGUAUCGGCGCUCUCCAGAAUCUGCAGAUAUUGGACCUGUCAUGUUGUAAACAACUUCGAGCACUGCCUGAAACUGUUGGUGACCUCCAGAAUCUCUUAUGUUUGAAUCUCCAUUAUUGCUUAAGCUUUCUUUCCCUACCCAACUCCAUCGGUUAUGUUAGGAAUUUGCAGAACUUGGACCUCUCGUUUUCCCAGAUCCGAACAUUGCCUGAAUCCCUGAGCUCCCUUUUAAAUCUGCAGUCACUGAGCCUCAGAUAUUGUUACUUCCUGCAUAGGCUUCCAGGGAACAUGAAGAACAUGAGAAGCCUCAUACAUCUAGACAUAUAUCAUUGUUUUGAACUGGCCUGCAUGCCUCCAGGGAUAGGACAGUUGAGUCAACUGAGGACAUUGCCCAUGUUUGUGCUUGAUGGGAAGAACAGUUGCAGACUUAGUGAGCUUGGUCGCCUGAAACUUGUAGGUGAAUUGGAUAUUAGAGGACUUGAGAAUGCAAGUGAAGCUAUAGAGGCCAGAAAAGCCAACUUGAACGAGAAACAAAGCCUUCAUUCACUAAGCUUUUCAUGGGAUUUGAAUGCUUAUGUGAAACCAGGGCAACCAUCUGAUGAGACUGAGAACGAGGGGGAAAGUAUGAAGUUAUUUGUCUGGGAUGCUGAUGCUGACUUGGCAGAGGAUAUGCUCGGAGAUCUCCAGCCACACGAAAAUCUGAAGGUAUUGGAGAUCGAAGGAUAUGUAGGCAAGACACUUCCAUGGUGGCUGAUGGAGUCUUCACUUCCAUAUUUGGCCGAGCUGUCUCUGACAUCCUGUGUUAUAUGUGAGCAUCUUUCGGCAUUGGAGCAGCUACACAGCCUUAGGGUCCUCAAAUUGAUCAGGCUUCCUGCUGUGAAGUGCCUUCCAGCACUCGGACAGCUACCAGAUCUUAAGGUCCUCCAACUGAUGCUUCCUGCUGUCAGGUGUUUAGGCUCAGAGUUCUAUGGUGGUGAAGCAGCAUUCCCCGCAUUGGAGGAGUUGGCACUGGAGAUCAUGUCAGACUUGGAGGAAUGGCCUGCAGUAGGAGGUGGAGAAUUCCUUCCCCGUCUCUCUAAACUGUGCAUAGUUGAAUGCCCAAAGCUGAGAGCACUGCCAUCGGCUUUUCCUUCUGUUAGAGAACUGGAGAUGGAUGUAGAUGAUGAGCUUCUUCUAUCUUCCUUCCAGAGUGGUGCAUUUCCAAAUCUGAAGCAUUUGGAACUUCAAAACUGCGUUGAUGAUGAUGAGAACCAUGGCGACGUUGACAAUAAUGAUGGUGGUGAUGAUCACAACAGUGAUGAUGAUCACAACAAUGAUGACAACAACUACCCACCAUUCAUUCCGAAAGUGCUCGCUGACCGAAUGAGCUCCCUCAAAAGUUGGUCAAUGCGUACAAAGUCCAAGCCUGUUGCUCCUGGUUCCUCUACAAUGUCUAUGUCGGGCAUGGCCAUGGUGAAAGUAACUGCUGGCGAGGGAACAGGAUUUAUUCCCCUUUUCUGAGUUUAACCAAAGCAUUGGGCUGCUGUCUGCACGGCUCCUCCAAACUGCUGCAUUUCGAGGUCAUUUCACUACAUCAAACUUAGAACUUAGUUCCCACAGAUGAGAAAAGGUGCUGAUGUUUCUGUUGGUUAUUAAACUUGUUUUUUAAUAUUAGUAACUUAUAGUUUGAUUUUCUAUAA